AUGGGUUUCUUAGGAAAUGUUUCUAUAUUAGUGUUGAGCAACAACAAUCUUAGUGGAGAAAUUCCUUCUUCCUUGCAAAAUUGUUCUAUUGUGAGCAUGGAUUUUGGGGGGAAUCGUCUCUCGAGGAAUCUUUUGUCAUGGAUAGAGUCAGACAUCUUCAUGCUACGCCUACGAUCAAAUCUAUUAAGUGGAAUCAUCCCUCGAAAAUGGUGCAAUCUUUAUAAACUUUGCAUCCUAGAUUUUGCACAAAAUAAUCUCUCUGGGGGCAUUCUAGAUUGUUUCAACAAUUUUACUGCUAUGGUUGAUCACGGUGCCUUUGGGUACAAGCCUAUUGAAAACUAUACAGAGAAAGCAUACAUAGUGACAAAAGGAAGAGAGUAUGAAUAUGAUCGCACUCUCCAACUUGUUACCUGCAUUGAUCUUUCAGGGAAUAGUUUGACUAGGGAAAUUCCUAUUCAAAUAACAAGCCUCACAAGAUUGGGUACGCUAAAGUACUUGUCAAUGAAUCAUCUAGCUAGAAGCAUUCCUAAGAAUAUAGGAAACAUGCGGUGGCUGGAAACACUUGAUCUCUCAAACAAUAGACUUUUUGGACCUAUUCUUGGAAGCAUGUCUUCUUUGACUUCCUUAGUACACUUGAACCUAUCUUUUAACAAGUUGAUAGGAAGAAUCCCAUAUGGUAAUCAGCUUCAAACACUAAAUGAUGCAACCAUAUAUAAGGGAAACCCUUCGUUGUGUGGGUUUCCUCUUUCGACCAAGUGCCCAGGAGAUGAAACAUUUGAUGGCCUAAGUAUUACCAGUGUUGAUGACAAACAAGGUGGAGAUGAUUAUGAAAGGAUAUGGUUCUAUGCUAGCAUCGGACUCGGGUUUGUUGUAGGAUUUUGGAGUGUUUGUGGGACCCUACUAUUGAAGAAGUCAUGGAGGCACUGUUACUUUCGUUUUUGUGAUGACAUCAAAGAUAGGAUAGCAUUGCUAAUUGCAUUGAGAGUAGUUCAUUUGAAAAAGAAAUUUGGGUUGGAAAAAAAAUUGAAGUUUGUAGAUUGGAAAGUUGGUGUAGUUCUAAAUUUGAGGUAUGCAUGUGUUUUGAUCUUAAGUUAA